AUGACUACAUAUGCAAGAAUAUCUAGAAAUUCUCAUAAUAUUUAAAAUGAUGACUGCAAAUUUAAUAUGUCAGAUAAAGUAGAGUCUAAAUUUGAUUGCAAUAGUUUUUUAUCUGAUGAGCAGUAUAACACAUAAUAGAAAUAUUUUGGUUUUAAGACAUAUUCUGAAUAGUAGAAUUAAAAAUUGGGUGAUUAUGAUUCCUCUUUAGCAAAUUAAUCAAUUUAUGAGCUAUCUUUAGAAGAAUAUUUUAAUAACCCUGAAAAAAGAAGUUUGAGGUCCAAUCUAUCGAUUGCUCCUACUCAAAAAUGUAUUGUACCUAAUAAUAUUUGGAAAUAUUCAUUUUAUUUUUAACUUAUAGCUGAAGUAAUUAGUAGAAAAAGUUAGUAAAGUUUCCAAAAAAGAUUUCCUUUAAAAAAGAGCGACAUUAACACGAGUACAAAUAAAAAUGAUUCAGAUUAAUAUGAAGGAUUCGAUAAUAAAUUAAUAUCUAAAACCAAUAUGAAUAACAAUUAAACUUUGGAGAGCAGAAUGUUGAUUUCUAAAUCAAGGAAAUCAACAUAUUUUAAGCUUGAUGAGUUUAACAAAAUUAAUGAAAGUGCCAAAAUAUCAACAUUUAAAUAUGAUAAUAGCUCUAGAUUAAAUUAAAAUACUGUUUGGAAGAGAAAAUGGAUGAGUAUUAUUUUUAUUAUUUCAAAAGUAAGAAAAUUUGCAGUUUAGUGCUCUGUUAUAUUUAAGCCUCAACUUUUAAAUAAAUUUUAAGUCAGUUUAAUUAAUGAUAUAGCAAUUUACUUAAAUUACAGGCAAUACAGGAAAAUUGUAAAGUGUAUUAUCAAUAACUUUUACUGGAUUUUUUCAAUAAUACCAAUUGUAUCUUAGCUCUACAUAAAUUUUUUAUCUGCUAUAUUAAAGCAUUUUCCUUUAUUUCAUUACUACUCUAAGCUUUACAUAUUAUGGGAAAUUAUUUUGUUUAUCUGCUCUGGAAUAUUAUUUUUUUAUAUUCCCUUAGAAUAUUCUUUUUAGAUCACUAGAAACUAAUUUUUUAUAUUCUUUUUUUCAUAUCUUUGCCCUUUUUUGUUUGGAUUUAACAUAUUUGUGAGGGCUAACACUAAGACUACUUAGAGCAAAUCGUUCAUUGAGAAUCAUAUUGAAAUUUUUCACAAAUAUUUGAAAUCUGAUUUGAUCGUUGACAUCAUAAGUUUGAUUUGCUUAAAUAAACAAAUUUUUUAGCUUUAAGCAAGUUAUUUUUUCUUUUUUAUCAGAAUUACCAAAUCUUUUAGGGUGAUGACUUUACUCAGAGAAAAAUUUUUGUUGAAUUUAAAAAUAUCAGGAUUUAUAUCGCUUCUUUUUCUAUUGUUCUAAGUUUUGUAUUAUACUCACCUCAUGUCUUGUGCCUGGUUUACUAUAGGGAAUUAUGGCCUUUAAUUUCAAGAAGGAUGGAUCUACAGAUAUGGAUUAAUAGAAAAAUCUAUAUUUGUGAAGUACCUAUAUAGCUUUUAUUAUUCAGUAAUAACUAUGUCCACAAUAGGAUUUGGUGAUUUAGUACCUCAAACAGAUAUUGAGAUGUUGAUGACUAUUUUCAUCGUUUUAAUAUCUUCAUUCGUGUUUUAAUACUCAAUUAACUAAAUAGGGAGUAUUUUAUCAGUUUUUAAGACAAAAAACGAUGUUUAUCUACAAGAAGUAGCAAAAAUAAACAAAUAUUUCAAGCAGUAUACAGUAGAUCUAGAAAUUUAGGCAAGAUCAAGGCAAUAUUUAGACUAUAUAUUCUCCGAUAAUAAAGAACAUACUAUUUAAACAAUUGAACAACUAUCAACACUUUCUGUUAACUUGCAAGGAGAAAUUAAAAUGAAUGUUUUUACAAAAAGACUGAAGAAUAUAAGCUUAUUUGAUGAAAUAUUCUCAAAUGAAACUCUUCAAUAGAUAGCAGUUCUGAUGAAAGAAAUUAUUUAUUCGCCUGAUUAAAGCAUUAUUGAUAUAAACAGCAAAGAAAAUAUGCUCUACAUUAUUCAUUCAGGUGCUGUGGUUAAACAAACCCAUUCUUAAACAAAUGCAAAUGCUAAAGAAAUUCAAAAAUUAUGUGAAGGAGCAUUUUUUAAUUUAGAUAGGUUCUUAACAAAUAGUUAAAGCUGCUAAUAUUAAUACAAAAGUGUUGGAAUAAGUUCAAUUUUGUAGUUAUAAUUAGAUGUAUUCUUAGAUACUAUAAGGAAAAAUGAAAUUGAAUAUGAAAAAUUUAUGUAAAUUAAAGACUAAGUUAUUUAUAACUAAAAUUUUGGAGCAGCUAAAAUGUCUUGUCUUUCUUGCUAACAAAAAAAUCACCAACUCAUGGAAUGUCCUUUUAUUUUUUAUACUUGUAGAAAGACUAGAAUAAUAAAUAAGCAUUUGAAUGAUUUUAAUAAAAGUAAAAAAAAUUUCAUAAGAAAUCCAAGAUAGUUCAAAUUUUAAACACUAAUCAAUCAAGUUAAUGUUAAAGAAAAUAUAGAGAAAUUUUUACUAUAUAGUUCAUAUUCAGGAGUUUCAUAACUUUUAAAUCCUUCAAUAGAAAAUUAAAAAAUGUAUAUCGAUGAUGAUGCUAUUAAUUUGUCUCAGCUAGAACACCACGAUAAAGUAAAUAAAGAAGCCGUUAGCUAAUAAGAUAAUAUUGAGUAUGAUAAAAAUAAAGCUGUCAGAUUCAAAUCAUGCUAAUCUCUAAGCUAGCUGCAUUAAAACUAACAAUAACCUAGCUUCGGAGAGGAAUUAACGCUCUAAACAAGUGAAUAAGCUACAGGAAUGAUAUAAAGUGAACUUAACGGUUUAAACAGUAAUAUGAGUGCAAAAUCAAUUUAUGAAAAAAGUUAGAAAAAUCUAACUGCAUUAGAAGUGAUAAGCAAAUUGGAAUAAGAACACCUAUAAGCUGAAAAUAAAUCUGUAAUAAAAUAAAAUGAAAUAAAUAAAGAUGGAAUUAACAAUAAAAUUUAAAAAGAGCACAAUAAAAAGCAAAUAGAUAUGAUUUUACAGUUCUUAUAGCAACAAAAAAAUUAAAUGGAUAUAUAAAGCAAGAAUUCUAAACUUUUUCACCAAAUCUAAAACUACGGAUCGUAUAUAAAUUAUUUUGAUAGCGACAGAUCAAUAAAAGAUAAAGUUAAAAAAAAAUAAAACUUUGUUUUUGAUAGAUAGAUAAGCAACAACUUUAAACGCACCUCAAAAGCUCAUCAAAACAGUUAGGAAAAUAAAUUAUUUUAUUAUGAGUUUGAUUAGAUAAAAUAAUUUUAAUAUUAUUUUCCAAAUUAUAAUUAUGAAUAAGUCAUAGCUAAAGCUAAUAUAAAAUUUUUCUAAUAAAUGAAUAUAAAAUUAUAAAAUUUUAAGAAAAAUAGAAAAUAAUCUAAAUGUAUUCAUAAUUUAAAAAACUGA